AUGGAGACCUCCUCGCCAUCUGCCGUAUCUCCUCGCCGUCGCUCAAAUGAAGGAUCCAAGUCAGAGAAUGCACCUCCUCAAGGUCGUGGGCCCCAUCAGCAAUCUGUCACCUCUGCCAGCCGAUUACCUGCAUCACCAUUACGAGUACCGAUAUCGCCACAGGUAGCAUCUGCCCGCUAUGUCAAACAGUUCCAGGCACUCAUGGAACAUCAACGGCAAACGUUCGACGAAGAGAGGGCAUUGUGGAGCGUUGAGAGGACGGAGCUACAUGAGAAGAUUGCGCAGCUUGAAGGGUCCCUGUACCGAUAUCAAACCAUCUCCUCCAGCCAAGCGUCAUCUCCGAUCAACAACAGUAAGCGUGGAUCUCAAAGUAAUAGCAGCUUUUGGAGCCUCCUGAGCAAAGAUGGGUCAAGUCACACAAGCGGGACUACAACAGGAGACGAAAUCUGGCGCGGACCGAAACUUGAUGUCCAGCCUACACGCACAUUUUCUGAUCCUACGACUCAAUCGACCAAGCCAGGAGAUCGAGGUCGAUUGCCCAGCAUUGCCGAAGACACCACUUGUGGACGUAAAGACUCUUUGGACAUGCAACCUGGUCUUCAUAAGCCAAGUGUGUCCAGCGCUGAGAUAGACAAGAACCUCGACGGCAUCAACUUCAAGUCUAGUACUCUGUCUCCGGUACCGAUUAAGCAGGUCAUGACACCCCAGUCGCCGUCGUCUCGGACAUCUUCGCCGUCUCGUCUUUCGCCACGGACGAUACAGCUACCUUCCUCCAAGCUUGAAGCACCACUUGACCCUUACACUAAAGACGCAGGGCAUACUCCUCUGGUUCGCCGUACCUAUUUCAAUGCGGACUUUCCCUCCGGUGAGGGUGAUGGACCGACUCCUACACAGCCCGAAAUAGAGCGACCUCCACUCGAACCCCAUGUCUCAUCUGCAAAAUUACCUUCUGAGCGUUCAGAUAGCUAUUUCCCCGUAGCCGAGGACGAAUCUUGGGAUGAAAGAGAUAGGUCUCGAGAUGGGGAAGACAAGUCUCCCGAUGAGGACCCAGAACUGAAAGAGCCUCUUGGGCUGGACAACAGCAAAGGCGAAGACAAGCAUUUCCUGGGCGAGCUGGACUCUAAAUUGCUGCAAGCUGCUAGAUCGGAGGCGUUUAGUCCUAGUGGGACUGGCUCGGGCAGGGAGAGUUCUCUGGAUAAGGAUGAGAAGGACUUCGAGCAGCCGGAGCAUGAGCCUAAGCUCCGGAUUAAAAGGAGCACGAACUUUGGGAAUAACUAG